AUGUCGGAUCCAUUCGCCUACUCAUAUCCGUCCCCACUUGAAGGCUACGAAAACCUAGAGCCGCUAUCCGACGAGCGCAACGAGGAUGGAAAAUCCCUAAAGAACCCCCAACAUGGCAAGCUGAGCAAAGCCUAUGAGGAAUUCCCCGACCCUCUCAGCAAGGAUCUUCGUGGUGGCUUCGACAUCCACAUCUAUUAUUUCCAGAGUAACCCCGACCAAGCAGCCUACGCAAAAGCUCUCCACGAACGAAUUCGUCGUGAAUUCCCCGAGCUCCGAAUCUACACCUUCUGGGACAAACCCAUCGGACCACACCCAGUCGCCAUGUUCGAAGUAAACAUUUUCUCGCCCGCGCAGUUCGGCGCUUUCGUUCCUUGGUUGGUGAUUAAUCGAGGCCCGCUGAGUGCGCUUUUGCAUCCCAAUACGCUGGGUGAGGGGGCGUUGGAGGAGGAGAGGAAUCAUACACAGCGGGCGACUUGGUUGGGGGAUAAGAUUCCGUUGGAUUUAAGGCUUUUCAAGCUUUGGAGGGCGAAGGAGAAGGAGGAAGAGGAGAAGCAGGGCAGAUUGUGA